AUGGCGAGGUUCCCUUGUUAUAAAAACGAGGAAACACUGAUUUCCAUUCUCGCCGGUAUUAACACCAGCGCACUGCCUCGGUGCAAUACAACGCGGGCGGCAGAGUCCUUGAGCGGGCAGCGCCGCAUCCUGCGCGGCCGCAGCAGCUGUUCGGCACGGCGAGCGUGUCCGGCGCCGCGACGCCGGGCGCCGGUCGAUAGCGGCCGCUGCCGGUGCUGCCGGCGGCGCGUCGCGCAGGUCGGGGCCGGCAGUGGCAGACGGCAGACGGCAGACGGCAGACGUAGGCGCCCGCCGGCGACGCCAGCACCGCACCGCGCCGCCACGCACCACGCCCAGCUGCCGCUGGAUGGAGCCGUGAGGAUGCCAGCAGACAAGAUGUUCCCCGGGCUGGUGCUGCCGCCAAAGGCCCUGGAAGCCGACGAUGACAUCGCGGUCGGCAAGGCGGCCGUGGCUAAGCACGCGCCUCUGGCCGCGUGCGAGGACGACGACACCGGGAAGGUGUGCAGCGCGCUGCCCCCUCCGCCCCCACAGCCGCCGCCCCCGCAGUUGCCGCCAGAGUGGCAGCGCCGCGCCCAGGAGGAGCUCAACGAGCGCCCAGACACCUUACGCCAGGACAUAGACACCUUCCGCAACAUGGUCGUCGCUGAAAAAAAUCUCCACGUUCGCACAGACGACGACUUCCUGCUGAGGUUCCUGAGGGCCAGGAAAUUUAACUGCGCCAAAGCCUUCCACAUGUUGCAGCGGUACUACGUGAUGAAGCUGCGCUGCCCGGAGCUGUUCCGCGUGCCGCGGCCCUCGGAGAAGAGGCACAUACUCGAGAUGCAGGUGCAGAACAUGCUGGACGACCGCGACGGCUACGGACGCAGGGUCUACAUCUUCAGGGUCGAGCGAUGCGACGCAGCACAGGUGAGCAUAGAGGACAUCUUCCGCACGAACGUGCUGGCUUUGGAGCAGAUCGUCCAGGAGCCAGAGACACAGGUGGCCGGCCUCACCGUACUGGUCGACAUGAACGGCUUCGGACUGCAGCACGCCAAGUUCCUCUCGCCCUACUACGCACGGCGCACGGUCGAGGUCAUACAGGAAACAUUUCCACUACGUUUCAAAGGAUUCCAUGUCAUAAACCAGCCAUUCUACUUUGAUGCUGUAUUUGCAGUUCUGAAACCUUUCCUCAAAGACAAGAUACGGAGAAGGAUUUACUUGCAUGGACGCGAUCUAAAUUCACUCCAUGCUUUCAUUAGUCCUGAUAUCCUGCCACAAGAAUAUGGUGGUCAAAAACCACCAUUUGAUAAUCAAGCAUGGAGAAUGAAGCUAUUGGCAAAUGAAGAUAAGUUUGUUGAACUGGAGACUUAUGGUUACAAGGUGGAUGAAUUACCGGUACCUGAAGAGAAUGAUUUUGACAGUUAAUGAUGCAUGCCUACUAGUUAUAUUAAAUAAAGAUUUGUUGUUUACAAAACAGGAGCUGCACUUUGCUUGUGUACCAUAUAGUGCUAUGCCUGUAUGGUUUUUGCAUGUACAGUAAAUACCAUUCUCACUGCAGGUAUAAACACCACAAGUGUGUAUAUUUUAUUCUGUACUAUAAAAGAAUGAACACUAUAUCUAAUAAUUCCCAGUGGCACAUUAUUGUGAUGGCUGAGUAUAUUCUUCAUUCUGACCAAUAAACUAUUAGUCAUAUGUGCCAUAAAAAGUACUAGAAAGUGAAUGCAAAAUGAGGAUGCAGUGGUGGAAUGAAAAAGAUGUAAAACGGAUUUUUUUGCUGACGAUUAAACGAAUUGACAACAUUUCUGCAAGUAUUUUUUUAUCUCAGAAAAGAAGACAACAAAAGAUAAGCCAGAAAAAAGAUAAACUCAUAUUUGAAAAGAAAUUCCUGUUGGAUGAAAAGGGAAGUCAAAGAUUAGGGAAUGUGCUAUAUUUAAAGCCCACAAAGUUACCUUCCUAUUACAAUAUCUUCAUGUGUUGCUUUUAUUGAUCACCUUUUAUUUCUACUUCUUUAAAACAUCUCUCAGUUCUAAGUGUCUUCUCCCUUUUAUUACACCUUCUACGUGUUUUUUUCUCUUUUUUCUUUUCUUUUUUUUCACUUCUCUGAAGAAUUCCCAUUUACUGGCAAAAAACCCAAAAGUUGGAACAUUUAUUUUGUCUGGUACAAGUGUUGUCUGUACUUCCAUGUGUUUAUUCCCAUUGAUCAGUAGCUUCUUUUCUUUAUUUCUAAUUUUUUUUAACUCCUAAAAAUAUUUAUACACUCUAGUUAGAGUCAAGGGAUAUUUCAGACAAAUUUGUUUUUUCAAAUCCUAUGUUCAUAUGUCCAUAACUUACCAUUAUAUCAGAGAAAUUAUAUGGAAAUAAGUGCUAUAUUUGGUAAUGUAGUUUACCAGUCCUAUGUUACACAGAUAUGUAAUUGUCAAUUUAUUUCUGCAAAACUUCAACACUAAGAAAUUUAAGUUGAUAAAGAUCAAACAAUGAAAACACCAGGAGGAAAUGUCAAUAAUAUAAGGAAAAUUAUUUGCAGACAGGCAGAUCUCUGGCAGCUUGGACCAGAGCUGCUGCAGAUGGUGGUCGUGUGUGUGAGAUGUGCUUACUUGUAUAUUUUCUUUUCUGGAGAAGGCUCUGGCCAAAAGCUAAAUGUCUAACUGUCUGUUUGUUGCGACUAUCUGCAACUCAAGUUAAUGCAAGUCUUAUUUAUUGUCAAAACCCGACAGAAAUCAAAAAAACAUUAAUUGCAGACCUUGCAUUUAUGGCUGACUGGUAACAACAUUUUAUUGUUUUACAAAACUUGAUUAUUACAAAUGUUCUGACUAGUUGUACUACAAAGCCAAAGAAAAUGGGUAUGCAUUUGUUCCCAUGACCUAAGAGGAAUAUGAAUAUUUGUACUCAUUAUACUGUGUUGGAAAGACACAUAGACCAACUGGACCUUUUGAAUCAUCACUGCAGUUCUUUAUACAGUAUUUACUCAUCAGCAUUCCUUUCACCCCAAACAGAGAAUUACAUGCUACAAUUCACAGAGAUACAAAAUCCAUUUAAUAUAAGCAGCUUAUGAUUUACUGCAUCUUUUUUGAGAUGAGGAAUAUGAGUUCUUUUAUCUAUCUGCUGUUUAUUCUCUGCUAGGUAACUGCGGUCAACAAGAGAAGUAAAAUUACAGUUCUCUUCCUUAAACAGAAUCUUAUUCCUACACUUAUUUUCAACUCAAAAUUGUAUUAAAAUUUACAAAAAAUCUUAUUUCAUAUUAACCUUUGUUAAUCAGUGAACUAUAAGUAUCACACCACAUUAAUGUGUAACAUGAGGUACAAAAACAUCUCCAUCAUGUGGCAGAAUAUAUGUUGUACUAAUAUCUGUAAGUAGACUCCUAUAUAAGCUUGAAUAAUAGCUCUUCCAUUUGUGUGUUAUAUUCAUCUAGUUGGUGGUUUUUGUUCUCAGUGUGCUGUUAAAAUGUGCUUGCAUUUCCUAAAUCAAAGAACUAUAAAAUAUAUGUGGUAAUAAUUGAUAUACAUGUAACUUUAACAGAAUAGCUGUCCAAGCUAUAUACAGUGACACUACAGUAUUUUUGGACUUGUUAUUUUUACUCUGUGUGUAUUUAUAAUAUGUAUAUAAAUGCUGUAUGUUGUAAUUUAGGUUAAAGUGAUGGGUGCUGGAUUAAGAAAGCAACUCACUUUUAUAAAAUAUGGCUGCAUCAGUGCUUACUGUGAGCUUGUGAAAUGCUUAACAUAUGACAGCUAUUGUUUAUAUUUGUAGGAAGUUAAAUAGCAAUGUCUCACAACAAACUCAUCUAAAUGAUAAAUGGAUGAUGAGCUGUGAGUCAAACAUUCCUAGUUAAUAUUCUCAAGUGCUUUGGAAUGUCAAAUGUCUGUGAUGCAACUGUGGUAUUGACCACAAAUUUCAAUGUAAAAUAUUUACUCGCUUAAGUGUAUGUGAUAACUACAUAUGAAAGCAUGGUUUCAGCAUCGAUAUAAUGCACAUAAUGUAUUACCAAUACUGUGUUUCAAACUCUUAUGAGUAAUAUUAGCCUCUGUCUUCUAGAAAGAUCUUAACACGUCUUUCUCCUGACUCGCUUACUUUUUAUACUUCAUAUGAGUAUUCACAAUACUUUCAUUCAUUCUAUGAGACUCUGACAUCAUGUAACCUUCCGUUGCAGUUGGUUUUAUAAGCUAACAAUAUUAUUUUUGUAUAUAGACAUCACUUUAAUACUGUUCAUAUGAAUAAAACAUAAUGGAAAAUCA